AUGCAUUUCUCUACCUCUACUACCGCCGCUCUUCUUACCCUGUUGGGUUCCGCUGCUGCGCAGAAGGUCCACGUCGUUUCGGUUGGCACUCCCAAUGGCACUCUCAUCUUCAGCCCGGACAAUCUUAAGGCGGAUGUUGGCGAUAUGAUCCAGUUUCAGUUCCGAGGUGGCAACCACAGUGUAGCGCAGUCCAACUUUGACAACCCCUGCACGCCUAUCUCCGACCAUACCAACCAGACCGGCAUCUUCUCCGGCUACCAACCCGUCGCUGCCAGCAAGGCCUUGGGCACGAUUCCUACAUACACUGUCCAGGUCUCGGCCAAGACGCCCUUGUGGUUCUACUGCUCUCAGGGCAAGCACUGCCAAAACGGAAUGGUUAUGGUAGUUAACGAGAACACUUCGGCGAAUGCCACUCGAAGCUUGUCAAACUUCAAGGAGAUUGCUAAGGGAGCUGCCGCCAAUGUUGCCCCCACGAUAACUACUGGCGGUUCCUCGGGCAAUGGUACUUCUUCCGGCGGCUCGGACUCUGGUUCAGGAUCAGGAUCUGGUUCCGGUUCAGGUUCGGGAUCCGGAUCCGGUUCUGGCACUGACGCUGGAACUGGUGCAGAUGCCACCGCCACACAAUCCUCGGCUCCUGUGGCAUCAGCUACAUCCAGCACCUCUGCGAUCCCGACCGCUGCCGCAAACAUCGUUGGUGCUUCCAGCUCGAUGGGUCUCCUUGGUCUGUCUUAUUACUAUGGUUUAAUGACGGGAGGCGGCGAGUCGCGCGGCGCCCGCGCAGACUUUAAGUCAAUAAUAUCGCGAGGGGGAUAA